AUGUUGUCAACGCUGCAGAAGUUCGGGCUGCGCCACCACGACCUGCCGACGAUGCUGUGGAACGCGGAGGUGCUCCUGCGCAUCAUGGCUCUAGAUGUCGACGGCAGAAACAAUAAACGAAUCCCGAUAAUACUAUACUUGACAUCAGCCAUUGUCCUGAUUCUAUACUUCUACACGUAUCACCUAUCCACGUACUGGUAUAUCUUCUGGCGAGGAGGCGGCGAUAUGCUCUUCAUCAUACUGCUGGUGUCGCUGGCUAUCAGCAGCUCUAUCGGUGUUGUGAAGCUUCUCUACAUGUACUUGAAUGGCACGAAGCUAAAGAAACUAGUAUCGGAAUAUCUCGAAUGUGACGCUGCAUUGGCCCCCGACAGUCGGAUGUUCAGAAAUGUGGACGCAAUUCUCAGGAGUGUAAAGAAACGAGCCAUUAUCUUUUGGUUGAUCAUUAUUGGUAAUGGCGUCGUAUAUGUUGGGGUUCCGCUUCUCAAGCCAGGACGGCAUUUGACUGAAGAUGAGCAAAUUCUUCUUGGUCUAGAGCCGAUGUAUGAAUCUCCAAACUUCGAGCUGGCUAACAUAGCCCUAUUCGCCGGCGUGUUCCUCACCGUCUACGCGCCGGCCAACAUCACCGGUUUCAUCAUCAUCAUCGUCGGCUACUCCGAAGCGCAAAUGCUGGCCCUCAGCCAGGAGCUACUUCAUCUUUGGGACGAUGCGCAAACUCACUAUAAACAGAUCCAGCCUGGUUCUACAGACGGUCCAAGUUGCUCUAACGGUAUUUCCAGAGAGCUUGAGGCUAUGAAAAGGGAAAAAGUGCGUAAGGUUAAUAUUUAUGUCAAACAUCGUUUAGUGAGCAUUAUGCAAAGCCACGCAACUAAUAUAAACCUUAUCAACCAAGUCGAAAGCAUCUUCAAAAGCGCUAUAGCUAUAGAAUUUGCUCUGCUAUCCUGUGGUCUUAUAGCUGAGUUGUUGGGAGGUUUAGAGAACACGUACAUGGAGGUGCCUUUUGCGUUGGUGCAAGUGUCUAUGGAUUGUAUUACUGGGCAGAGGCUGAUGGACGCGAAUAAAGCGUUCGAAGACGCGGUAUAUGCUUGUAAAUGGGAGUACUUUGAUGUGAGGAACAGGAAGUUGGUGCUGGUGAUGUUGCAGAAUGCGCAGAAGACGCUGUGUCUGUCGGCGGGCGGACUGGCGAGCCUCAGUUACACGUCGCUGAUGUCGGUGAUCAAGUCGAUAUACUCGGCUUAUACCGCUCUACGGUCUACUAUGAAUAAAUAG